GUUGGAUUUUGCCAGCCUACUAAAAAGCAAGCUCAUUUUCCACACAAUAUUAUGAAAUUUCUUGGUGGGUCCACAAUGUUCAUCAACAAGAGUAACAGUAGUGGAAACUAUUUGGGUGUUUCACCUUAAUCUUUGUCACAUUAUAAAACUCACUGCAUGUCUGUCUCUUUAACCAGAAAACCAAACCAAAACAGAGUCCCUGCUGCAACAUUUGAUACAAUUAUAUAUAGUAUCCUCUGAUGUCCUUUCUAAUGGGUAUUUUUCUCAUCGGAAGAGUCACUUUUGGAAUUAUGUUUCGAGCUUUUAUGUUGUCGUUAUUGUUUCGGUUUGGGUUCUCAAACGAUGUACCAGCGUCUUUUGUUUUUGGGGAUUCGUUGGUCGAUGUGGGUAACAACAACUAUAUUGUUUCACUGGCCAAAGCAAACCAUGACCCCUUUGGGAUCGAUUUUGGAAUGCCCACGGGUCGAUUCAGCAAUGGAAAAACAGUUGUUGAUGUUAUAAAUCAGAAACUGGGUCUUGACUUUUCUCCUCCUUACUUGGCUCCCUCUACUACUGGAUCAACAGUGCUAAAGGGUGUUAAUUAUGCUUCUGGUGCAGGUGGAAUUCUUAAUAACUCUGGCGAAAUUUUUGGUGGUCGAAUCAACUUCGAUGCACAGAUUGACAAUUUUGCAAACACCAGGGAAGAAAUCAUCUCUUUAAUUGGUGCCCCUGAGGCUCUGAAUUUGUUUAAGAAGGCCCUCUUUACGGUAGCACUAGGCUCAAAUGAUUUCUUGGAUAACUAUCUGACACCCUUAUUCUCAAUUCCGGAGAGAUUACUGGUAUCGCCAGAAUCAUUUGUGGCCACAUUGAUAUCAAGACUCAGACUACAACUCACUCGACUUUUCAGUCUAGGGGCUAGAAAAAUUGUUGUGGCAAAUGUAGGGCCUAUUGGGUGUAUACCAUAUAUAAGGGAUGUAAAUUUAAACCUCUAUGAUGAAGAUGAAUGUGUCACUUUCCCAAAUGAGCUGGCCCAGUUGUUCAACACACAAUUGAAGAGCCUUGUUGAAGAGCUUCGGACAAAAUUGGAAGGGUCAUUAUUUGUUUAUGCAGAUGUUUACCAUAUUAUGGAAGAUAUCCUCAUGAACUAUAAAGACUAUGGUUUUGAGAACCCUGAUAGUGCAUGCUGUCACGUGGCUGGUCGAUUUGGAGGCUUGAUUCCUUGCAAUCGGAGUUCAAAAGUUUGUGAGGACCGUUCCAAGUAUGUUUUCUGGGAUACUUACCAUCCUAGUGAUGCUGCUAGUGUUCUUAUCGCUGAGCGUCUCUUGAAUUGUGAUACUCCUGACAUUUCACCUAUGAACAUUUUUCAGCUUUCCAAAGCCUAGUCUUAUCAUGGAUUCUGGGAAAUGGAAAUUUUUUUGGAAACUAAUAAAGAAAUGAGUGCAAGAUGUACGCAAAAUCAAAUCAUUUAUCUAACCUUUUGGACAGGAAUGAGAAUGACAAAUGAUUCUUAGUUAUAA